AUGCGCCGCACCCCGAAGCGCCCGGACGGGCCGCGCAAGGACGUUCCGCCCUCGCCGUUCACGGCCUUCGCGAACAACCUGUCGCCCAUCCGGCCGCCCCGGAAGGACUUCCCCUACACCAUUCGGGACAUCCAGUCCCCGGCCAAGCAGCUCCUGCAGUCCCCGGCCUUCAAGGAGCGCGACGCCGACAUGUUCACGCCCCUGCGGAACUCCGCGGCCCGCCCCGCGCGCGCGGCGCGCUGCCACGCCCGCCCGACCCCCCUCGCUGCCGCCACGCCGACGCCGACGCCGCCGCUCUUCCUGGGGGAGCCGGACGCGCCGCUCCCGGAAGCCACGCCCGCGCGGCGCCUCGCGACCUUCCUGCGCGAGGGCCAGGGCCAGCGCGACGGCGCGGAGCCCGUCGAGGACCUCCGCGGCGCGCUGCGCGAGGCGGUGCAGUCGCCCGACCGCGGCGAGCGCCACAUCACGGUCGGCCCGGACGUCCAGGCGCCGCCGACGGUGGUCCGGCAGGCGCUGAUCCGGCAGAUCGGGUUCGCCGCGGACCGCUCGCGCAAGUCGCUGUCGUUCCAGGUCCCCGACGCGGCGCCGGCGCCGGCGCCAGCGCCAGCGCCAGCGCCGCUGUCGCCCGCCGGCGCUGGAGGCGGCCGCGGAGCGCGGGGGUGUCGCGGGCGGGCCGGACGCAGCGCCCGCGCCGGCCGCUGGGCUCGGAGUCGCCGGACGCGCGCGGCGCGGACGCCGCGGGUCGCCGGCGACGCCGCAGGGCGCGGGCGGCCGGCGCAGGCGCCGCUGGCUGCCCCGCACGGCAGCGGCCCCCCGCACACGAUCCCGGUGACUCCCGGCACGGUGCUCCUGUCGCACGUCGGGCACGCGGCGGCCGGGCACGCCGCGGCGGCCCCGGCGCACGUCGAGGACCGGCGCGCGUCGAUAGGCACCAAACGGGCUCUGCGGUGCAACUGCAAGAAGUCGCGGUGCCUGAAGCUGUACUGCGACUGCUUCGGCGCGGGGCAGUACUGCCAGGGCUGCUCGUGCAUCGGGUGCCUCAACAACGUCGAGUCGGCGGAGAUCGUGGAGGCGGCGCGGCGCGAGGUCAAGGCGCGCAACCCGGACGCGUUCGAGCCGCGGCUGAUCCGCGCGGAGGACGGGACGCGGCACAAGAAGGGCUGCCGGUGCAAGAAGUCGCACUGUCUGAAGAAGUACUGCGAGUGCUACUCGGCGGGGGUCAAGUGCUCGGAGGCAUGCAAGUGCGAGAACUGCUUCAACCGCGGGGAGGGCGAGAACGGCGGGGACAAGCCGGGCACCGCGCCCUCGCGCAAGUCCAACAGGAAGGCCACCGACGUCCGGGCGCCGCAGAACGCCGAGCCCGUGCGUUACACCGGCGUCAAGUCAGAUGUCUGCCACGGAGGACCGGGGACGCAGCUGCCGGUCGUCACAAUGGCGCAUGCGAUUCCCCGCAGCUAG